UUUUGUUCAUUGUCAUCAUCUCUCAGCUCCCCUUCCCCUCUCUUUCACCACCUCCACCACUUCUCUCCCCUUUACCUCCUUAAGUUCAUCUUCCUAUUAAACUCUCUCUAUCCACAAUGUGAGAUACACUAGUAGGUCUUUAUGUCACAAAGGUCACGUACACCUACCAGUACAUACUCAGCAUAAAUGCUCAUGUGAUUGAACGGAUAAAAAAUCCAAGACCCAGCUGUUGAUUCGCCAACAGGAUUCGCUUCCUCGUUUCUCAUUCUCAGCUCCCUGUUCCCCGUCUCCAUAGAGCACACAGUUACAAUGUUCAAUCUUUCUCUUCUUUUCUCUCUUUUUCACCCAUCUCUUCAUACAUACGGUAAGUGGUAUACAUUCAUGCAGGUCUUAUUGUGGGAAUAAUGCUCUCUCCCCUCGAAAGAGGAUCCCGCUCAUCCCGCGUGUUCCUUCAUCGUCCUGAUCUACGAAUCCACCAGCAACCACCAGUAUAAAGCAACCAGCAAAACCUCAUCCUGACGCCAGUUAACUCGUGAACUGUCCAGGCACUAACUUGCCCAUCUGAAUCAGUGAUUAUUGACUAAACGCGAGUCAUUAUUUAAAUUACAUUUGCUAAAUUUCGGCAAAUAAACGUUUUAAGAUCAUGAAGCCGUUUUUACAGUGUGUGAUAUUUUCGGUACUUUUGGUCCUCGUGUUGGGAUCAACUGCUGACGAUAUGGCAUUCGAACGUGGGUACAGAUCACUGUACCGAGUGUACGAAGAUUGCCAGCAGAGGAAUGGCGGAUUGUCACCGUGUUUUAAGAAAAAAGCCAUCGCGUUCUUCGAGCGGCUCGGACGGAUUGAUAACAUUCCGAUAACGGAAAAUCUUGAGCUAGUAAGAGUUGCUAAUGAUAACGCGACGAUAAAUAAACUAAAUAAUCCAAGUGAUUUGGAUAAUUUGGGACGUUCUGGUGCCUCGAGAGAGGAAAUACUAAACGAAAUUCUGCUGGACCGUGUGGCGAAUUUGAUGAACGGGUUCAAUGUUCAGAUAAGUUUGCCGAAGACCAAUACUGUGGAGCUGAAGAGAAGCAUGGAGGAGGGUAGAGGCAAGAUGAAGAAGAUGAUGGGAAUGAUGAUGACUGGAAUGGCCAUGAAAAUGGCAGCUAUGGUUCCCAUUGCGAUGGGUGUCCUGUUCAUGUUGGCGGGAAAAGCUCUGAUCAUCAGUAAAAUAGCUCUCGUGCUGUCGAUGAUCAUCGGAUUGAAGAAGCUGCUGAGCCAAAAACAGGGUGGAGACUCUCAUGGAGGAUGGCAGAGUGGUGGUGGUGGUGGCGGCGGCGGAUGGGACCGAAGCAUCAAAGACGUCCAUCACUCGUCUCUGGAUUUACAAAACGUCGAGUCUACUGACAGCAAUUACGCCCAAAGUUUGGCGUACUCUGGCCAGAAGCCUUACCACGGAAUGUUUUAUUGCAUAUACGCCGUUAAAAAGUGGAAGAAGCACAGCAAAUAUAUAAUACCACUGAUAGUAGGAUGGUUGUUGAUAAAGUCUAUUUUACUGCCGAUCGCCUUGAAAGCUCUGGCACUAUUGAGUGGAAAAGCUGUGGUCCUGAGUCUAAUGAGCUUGAUAUUGGCCGCUAUUACGGGACUGAGAAGACUUGCGCAAGGAGGAUUACUUCCGAUGGUUUUGGGAUUUAGCGCUGGACCAAGCGCAUAUGCUAAAUAUAACCGACAAGAUUAUUUAGAGCACGAAAAUCAGUCUGACUUGAGCGACUCAUAUGAUUAUUAUCAGGACAGACGUCCACUCAACUGA